AUGAGUAACUUGGUUCACGGAAUUAAGGAAAAGACACCUAUGGGAUUCUGCGAUGUCCCACGAAAAAAUCUGUUCGACUUUUUACGUGACAUGAAAAGCAUUUCUGUCCCAAAUAAACCCAGAUACAAACCUCUCAAAAAGAUCCACCAGGCUGCAAGUGAGGGUGAUGUCAAGAGACUGCAGAAAAUGAUACGUCUUGGGAAACACAGUGUACAUGACAGAGACUUUAAGCAAAGGACUGCUCUGCAUUUUGCUUGUGCCUAUGGCAAGGUAGAAGCAGUAAGUGUUCUACUGAGAAAUAAUUGUGACAUUGAUGCCGUUGACAGAAAGUCCAUCACACCUCUGAUGAAGGCUGUACAAAACUGGACAUAUGGAUGCGUGCAUACAUUGCUGAAGCAUGGUGCUGACCCAAACCAUAGGGACAAAAAUGGCAAUACUUCUCUCCACUGUGCUGUGUCUGAAGACAAUCAGUUGCUGGCUAAAUACUUACUUAAGUAUAGUGCAGACAUGGAGCAAAAGAACAAGGAUGGCUUUACACCACUUUUACUGGCUCUCAAAGAAAACAAAAUAGAAAUGGCAAAAUUUUUAGUAAAGAAGGGAGCAAAUAUACAUGUAUUUGAUGAGAUGAAAAGAAACACACUCUUAUAUGCCAUAAGAUGGGAUGCAAAAGAUAUGGUUAGUCUCCUUCUGAAAGAAGGAAUUGACUUUUCCUUUAAAGAUGUAUUCGGAUGGACUGCAUUACGUUACGCUAUUGAAGGCACAAGUAAAGGUAGUCGGAAAAUCCUUAUGGACUACGAUGAAAAGUUACGUAUUAAAAAUAAAGAUGGCAGUCUAGAGUACAAGAAUUCUGAAGAAAAUUCAUUAGCCAAGAACCCCAGUGAUCCCACUUCUGGGUUCACCUUGCCCAAAUCAAAUGAGGAUGAUGAUGAUUUUAAUGACAAGCCGAGUUCUUCUAAGUAUGCUCCUGCCAAAUGUAUCAGUAACGUACAUGGGCCUGGAGGCCAAAGAGACAAAAAUGAAACAAAAGGAACAAUGGAAGACUCCUCUAAAAAGCAUCCUGCAUCAAAGGUAAUAAGAGAAAUAUUUUACAUCAUUAAUUUCAUACUGUAUGAAAUACAGAAGUUAUUAAUUAUCAUUUCCAACGCCACACAGUCUAUGAUUGAAAAGACAGAUGCUCUUGCAUAUGAAGAAUCACUGGCAAAUCAGGAGUCAAUGAAUGCAGGAAUUGACAAGCCACCAUAUUUCUAUUGA